UAACACAGUGCAAUGUACAAUUAAAAUAAGGACAGUCUCUGCAAUAUGGAUCCCAAUCGGUUGUGCAUUGAACUUUUGGAAUUGUCGAGGAAUCAAAAGAACGAGCGAUCUCCUGAUAUAAAUUUACACAAUAAAAUCUCGUGUGAUAAAAUAUUUCAUGCAAAUUCAAUACGCACAUCUCACAGAAAGGUGUAUAACCUGCUGCCGUAAUUUCUCACCAAUUUCCGAUUUCGCACAAAAUGUCCUUCAAAAAGAUCUGAAGCUGCUCGUGAAGCCGUAUUACUUGAUCAAUAUUUUCCUCAGCAUCUCGUACAUCCUAUCCAAGCGCAUUCCCAUAAUCUGUAAUUACAUAUUUGCUCAAAAUGACUGCGAACUCGAUGGGAGGGAGACGGAAAUUCUCUUCUUCCUUAUGAUUGUCAUUAUGAUAAGGACAAGAAAAACUGGCAGCGUGACCAUGAUAAAUUAUUUGACGUCUAGUUUUGUAUAUACAAAAGUGGCAAACUUGAUUUUAUGGUUUUAUGCAGAUGUGCGGAUGGGCAUUGUAUUUGCAUUUAUUUUCAUAUUGUGCGGCUUGGUGCUGCCAGAACCGACAUAUCAAGGACCUGAGAAUGUAAUCUAUUUACAUGGAGCCAAUGGACUACAGGAGGAAUUACGUGACACUAGAGUGGUUUGGCUGGUGGCAUUUUACACAGCAUGGAAUCCAGCCUGUGUAACUUUUGCUCCGAUCUUUUCUGAACUCUCUGCACAAUAUGCAUUGGAGAAUUUCAAAUUUGGUAAAGUUGAUAUUGGAAGAUAUCCAGAUGCGGCAGCAAAGUAUCAUGUCAGCGAUUCCAGUACAAGCAAGCAAUUGCCAACGUUAAUAUUCUUUAAAGAUGGCAAGGAAGUAGAGCGACGUCCAUACGCGGAUCACAAGGGAAAGCUUGUUAAGUUUCUUUUCUCGCUAGACAAUGUAAAGGCUGCAUUUGAUCUCAAUAAUAUUUAUAAUGAUUGCAAGAAGAAUCCUAUCAAGAGGAAAGAAAAGAAGUCGCUAAAGGCAGAAUAAUAAAGCGAAAUUUAGGCAUUUUGUGAAUAAAAAAACGUCCCUCGCAAUUCACAUCUAAGCGAAUUUCAGAUAGAUGGCUUCUACUGUGUAGAAAAUCCACCUAGCACAUCUCCGAAUCUUGAGAGCUUUUCAAAAAUGCAAGGAUUUGCAAAUAUGUUACGUUGCUUUGUUGUAAUACUCGAAUUUCAUUUAUGUAUGAUAUGUAUCAUUGCGGAUUGUUAUAGUAUCGCAUCUUAUUUAAUAUGAAUGUGCCAUAUAUGUAAACAUACAAAACAAUUUUACAUUAUAAGCGUUAAUAUGUCAUUUUCUUUUAUAAUUGUUAUUUGUCAAUCGCAUUCAAGUAAACAAAUUAUAUGAGAUGUAGCAAAGCUUUCUACUUUUCAGAUUUUAAUUAGCAAACUUUGUUUUAUCUCCAAUUAAAAUAAAUUAAUUAGUUGA